AUGCCUCAUCGUCAUGCAUCAUCGCCAUGCCUCAUCGUCAUGCCUCAUCGUCAUGCAUCAUCGUCAUGCAUCAUCGUCAUGCCUCAUCGUCAUGCAUCAUCGUCAUGCCUCAUCGUCAUGCCUCAUCGUCAUGCCUCAUCGUCAUGCAUCAUCGUCAUGCCUCAUCGUCAUGCCUCAUCGUCAUGCAUCAUCGUCAUGCAUCAUCGUCAUGCAUCAUCGUCAUGCCUCAUCGUCAUGCCUCAUCGUCAUGCCUCAUCGUCAUGCAUCAUCGUCAUGCCUCAUCGUCAUGCCUCAUCGUCAUGCAUCAUCGUCAUGCAUCAUCGUCAUGCCUCAUCGUCAUGCCUCAUCGUCAUGCCUCAUCGUCAUGCAUCAUCGUCAUGCCUCAUCGUCAUGCCUCAUCGUCAUGCAUCAUCGUCAUGCAUCAUCGUCAUGCCUCAUCGUCAUGCAUCAUCGUCAUGCCUCAUCGUCAUGCCUCAUCGUCAUGCCUCAUCGUCAUGCAUCAUCGUCAUGCCUCAUCGUCAUGCCUCAUCGUCAUGCAUCAUCGUCAUGCAUCAUCGUCAUGCAUCAUCGUCAUGCCUCAUCGUCAUGCCUCAUCGUCAUGCCUCAUCGUCAUGCAUCAUCGUCAUGCCUCAUCGUCAUGCCUCAUCGUCAUGCAUCAUCGUCAUGCAUCAUCGUCAUGCCUCAUCGUCAUGCAUCAUCGUCAUGCCUCAUCGUCAUGCCUCAUCGUCAUGCCUCAUCGUCAUGCAUCAUCGCCAUGCCUCAUCGUCAUGCCUCAUCGUCAUGCAUCAUCGUCAUGCAUCAUCGUCAUGCCUCAUCGUCAUGCAUCAUCCUCAUGCCUCAUCGUCAUGCCUCAUCGUCAUGCAUCAUCGUCAUGCAUCAUCGUCAUGCAUCAUCGUCAUGCCUCAUCGUCAUGCCUCAUCGUCAUGCCUCAUCGUCAUGCAUCAUCGUCAUGCCUCAUCGUCAUGCCUCAUCGUCAUGCAUCAUCGUCAUGCAUCAUCGUCAUGCCUCAUCGUCAUGCAUCAUCGUCAUGCAUCAUCGUCAUGCCUCAUCGUCAUGCCUCAUCGUCAUGCAUCAUCGUCAUGCCUCAUCGUCAUGCCUCAUCGUCAUGCAUCAUCGUCAUGCAUCAUCGUCAUGCAUCAUCGUCAUGCCUCAUCGUCAUGCCUCAUCGUCAUGCCUCAUCGUCAUGCAUCAUCGUCAUGCCUCAUCGUCAUGCCUCAUCGUCAUGCCUCAUCGUCAUGCAUCAUCGUCAUGCCUCAUCGUCAUGCCUCAUCGUCAUGCAUCAUCGUCAUGCAUCAUCGUCAUGCAUCAUCGUCAUGCCUCAUCGUCAUGCCUCAUCGUCAUGCCUCAUCGUCAUGCAUCAUCGUCAUGCCUCAUCGUCAUGCCUCAUCGUCAUGCAUCAUCGUCAUGCAUCAUCGUCAUGCCUCAUCGUCAUGCAUCAUCGUCAUGCAUCAUCGUCAUGCCUCAUCGUCAUGCCUCAUCGUCAUGCAUCAUCGUCAUGCCUCAUCGUCAUGCCUCAUCAUUCACUCCUCCCGAGCUCACAUCUCCUCCUCCCGAGCUCCGAUCUACUCCUCCCCAGCUCAGAUCUACUCCUCCCGAGCUCAGAUCUACUCCUCCCCAGCUCAGAUCUACUCCUCCCGAGCUCAGAUCUACUCCUCCCGAGCUCAAAUCUACUCCUCCCCAGCUCAGAUCUACUCCUCCCGAGCUCAGAUCUACUCCUCCCGAGCUCAGAUCUACUCCUCAACAGCUCAGAUCUACUCCUCCCGAGCUCAGAUCUACUCCUCCCGAGCUCACAUCUCCUCCUCCCGAGCUCAGAUCUACUCCUCCCGAGCUCAGAUCUACUCCUCCCGAGCUCAGAUCUACUCCUCCCUAGCUCAGGUCUACUCCUCCCGAGCUCAGAUCUACUCCUCCCGAGCUCAGAUCUACUCCUCAACAGCUCAGAUCUACUCCUCCCCAGCUCAGAUCUACUCCUCCCGAGCUCAGAUCUACUCCUCCCCAGCUCAGAUCUACUCCUCCGCAGCUCAGAUCUACUCCUCCCGAGCUCAGAUCUACUCCUCCCGAGCUCAGAUCUACUCCUCAACAGCUCAGAUCUACUCCUCCCGAGCUCAGAUCUACUCCUCCCGAGCUCAGAUCUACUCCUCCCGAGCUCCCAUCUCCUCCUCCCGAGCUCAGAAUUACUCCUCCCGAGCUCAGAUCUACUCCUCCCCAGCUCAGAUCUACUCCUCCCGAGCUCAGAUCUACUCCUCCCGAGCUCAGAUCUACUCCUCCCGAGCUCAGAUCUACUCCUCCCCAGCUCAGAUCUACUCCUCCCGAACUCAGAUCUACUCCUCCCGAGCUCACACCUCCUCCUCCCGAGCUCAGAUCUACUCCUCCCGCGCCCUGCUCUACUCCUCCUGCCCUCAGAUCUGCGCAUUUCGCGCUCAGAUCUGCACAUUCCGCACUCAGAUCUACUCUCCCGCGCCCAAAUCUGCAUUCCGCGUGCUCAGAUCUGCAACUCGCACGCCCUUGCUAGUCCGACCGCGCGCCCUGGUCGUCCGCCCUCUGCUCGUCCGCCCUUCGCGUCCCCGCCCUGCCCGUCCGCACGCCCUGCUCGUCCGCGCCCUGCCCGUCCGCACGCCCUGCUCAUCCGCCCUUCGCGUCCGCGCCCUGCCCGUCCGCGCGCCCCAGUCAUCCGCACCCUGGCCGUCCGCGCGCCCUUUGCGCUGGCAUGCAUCAGCAGUGGUGCCGGUGGGCAUGGAGGAGGGCAUAGUGGCAGCUGUGGUGGUGGUCAAGGGAGACUCGCAGGAUAUUGUGGUGUCAGGGGUUUGA